AUGUUUGAGAAUGACUACUGGUCCGUGCUGUACGUUUUGCGAUUGAUCCUAGCUUCCCUGCCACUAAAUGGCUACAUUCAUCCAGAUGAAUUUUUCCAAUCAGCAGAGUUGGUUGCUGGUGAAGAAUUCAACAUACAGGCUCUCAAAACAUGGGAAUUCACAUCCAAGUCACCGAUUAGAAGCAGAACAUCAAUGCUGAUUAUGGCAUAUCUUCCAUUGUCUCUACUGAAAUUCAUUCAUCAAUAUAUGCCAUAUUUUUCUCUAGUAAAUCCUACAAACCUGUUGAGAGCUUAUAGAAUUUGGAUAGCUGUUUUGAGCUGUUCUGUUGAUUACAACGUUCGAAAAAUUUUAAAAGAGCUGAAUGUGUUUCCUCAGAUGUACAUUAAUUUUUGUGUCAAUGUCUUAGCCUCGUCAUUUAUCAUGGUCAUCUUUGCAACCAGAACAUUCUCAAACUCUUUGGAAUUGUUUCUCUUUGCAUUUUUAUUUAGAAUUAGUGUUGUCAAUACUUCAAACAAAACAAUUUACAAUGCUAUUUGCACAUCUUUAAUUCUUACAGUUGGUGUUUUUAAUAGACCAACUUUUCUUGUCUUUGCUUUCAUUCCAUUUAUUGGGUUUUUGAUAAGAAACUCCAACUUGAAAUUUUUACAAUUUUUGAAAACAAUUAUUUUCACAGCAAUAUUUAGUUUCUUAUUUUUUGUCUGCCAUGUUUUAAUAGAUUCCUUGUAUUACAAAACUUUAAUUUCUGCAUCACCUAGAGGCAUGUUCAACACACUGACUGACAAGGGUGUUUAUUACUUCAUCAAAAGCAACCUGACAGUUACAGUGUUAAAUUUCAUAAAGUACAACACUGACAGUGACAACCUGGCAACACAUGGCAUUCAUUCACGAUUUACUCAUCUCGUUGUAAACUUCCCAUUGCUAUUCACGGGACUGACUUAUUUUUCGGUGUACGAUUCGUUCCUAAGAACCAAAAAGUCGACAACGGUAUUUUGGUGGGAGAGUAGAAAAUUUGAAUUCCACAUUGCCUUCUUUUCGUGGUUGGUCCCACUUUUCCUGUUGUCGUUAUUCCCGCAUCAAGAACCUCGUUUCUUGCUGCCACUGAUAGUCCCACUUGUCAUUUUAUAUGCUUCCCAAUUUUACCAUGUCAAGACCAUGUUCUUUUUUAUGUGGGUCCUUCCAAACCUGCUGCUCAUUCUAUUUUAUGGAUUUGUUCAUCAGGCUGGUGUGGUGCAAUCAAUACUGUCCAGUCAACGAGAUGUUGUUCAUCCAUCUCUCAAUUCUGGAAAGACUGUGAUCACCGUUUUCUGGCAUUCGUACAUGCCUCCAAGACAUUUAUUUUUCGGACCUAUUGAUGAGUGUCAGCAAUUUAAAUCUAAUUCUGUGAAGGUAUCCGUUCGUUGUCCAACAAAUUUCACAAAGUUAAAAGUGUUUGACAUGAAAAGUGCAACUGAAGACGAUCUUUUGAAAAGACUUGGAAAAUUUCUCAAUAUAAAGAAAAAAUUUGAAAUGGAAAAUAGUUUAAUUGAGAAUGCUGAUUACUUCACAUACAACAGAACAGUUCUCCUCUACGUCCCUGGAUCAGCUAUGUAUGGUUCCAACUGCACGCUGGGACAUUACCGCUUUGAACUCAUCAGUUCUCACUGGCCGCAUUUCAGCGGUGAGAAACCGCCGACGAUAUUUGCGUUACAGGCGAUCAACUGCAUGGAUGGUGAUCAGAACAGUAGGGACUGCCCUUAUCUGCCCAAUAUAUUCUACGAACUAUACGUUUCCAGCUCUUAUAACGUUUACAAUGUUUCUUUGAUUUGA